AUUGAUGCUUCGUUUAAAAUAGGAUUUAGUUGCUUCGUUCCAACGCAUCAGUCAAUUCAAUAUUUCUUCACUUGAGUCUUUGUGCCUGAAAACCCCCUUCUUCCCCUGACUUCCGAAUUCGGCAAUUUUUCUUUCAUCUCCCAAAUUCUUCCGCUUCGAGCUGCCAUCUUCAUAAGGAAACGUUUGUUGGGUUCCUUGGAUUUGAUGGAUACCAAUAAUUGGAGGCCUCCUCAAGUUGGAGAGGCCCCCAUGGAUGCAGGCGAUUGGAGGAGUCAACUGCAGCCGGAUUCAAGGCAAAGAAUUGUAAACAAGAUAAUGGAUACAUUGAAGAGGCAUCUCCCUUUCUCUGGUCAUGAGGGAUUACAGGAGCUCAAGAAAAUUGCUGUAAGGUUUGAGGAAAAGAUUUAUACUGCUGCCACAAGCCAGUCAGAUUACCUACGGAAGAUUAGUCUGAAGAUGCUAACAAUGGAGACCAAGUCUCAGAACACAAUGGCCAAUUCUUUACAAUCGAACUCUGCUGGUAAUAGCAACAGACCCCCUGAUCCAGGGUCUUUUGGUAUGCAACCCCAAGUCCCCAAUCAAGGGCAAUCACUCUCUAUGCCGUUCCCAGCUAAUCAACCUCAGCCACAUCAACAACUCUUAUCACAGAACAUUCAGAAUAACAUUCCAGCUGCUGGAGUUCAAAGUUCUGCUGGCUUAUCAUUUGCUCUACCUCCUUCAUCCGGUUUAACCCAGACUCCUAUUCCAAGUAUUGUUGUGCAAAAUCAAAACAUGCAGAAUAUGGGCCAGGGGGUACCCUCCAAUAUGUUUGCUACUUCUCAAAGGCAAUUGCCAGGAAGGCAACAGGUAGUUCCACAACAGCAGCAGCAGCAGCAGCAGCAAUCCCAGAAUUCCCAGCAGUAUAUGUACCAUCAACAGUUGCAACAUCUGCUUUUGAAGCCCAAAUAUCAGCAGGGAAAUAUCCCACAACUUGUCCAACAACAGCAACAGCAGCAACAGCAGCCGAACCUAUUACAACCAACUCAGUUGCAGUCUUCUCAGCAACCUGUUAUGCAAACAUCAUCUGUUAUUCAACCUUCUGUGGUGCAAUCAUCUCUCUCUAGUCUUCAGCAGAAUCAACAAUCUGCAAUUCAACAGUCAACACCAUCUAUGCUUCAGCAGCAUCCACAGUCAGUUCUCAGACAGCCUCAACAACAACAGGCCUCUGUUGUUCACCAACAGCAAACAUCAAUGCCACAACAGCCAAUAUUACCCCCACAGCAGCAACAGCAGCAGCUUAUGGUGCAACAGUCAAAUGCUACGAGCUUGUCGCAGAAUCAGCUAAUCGGACAACAAAACAAUGUUGGGGAUAUGCAGCAGCAACAGCAACAACAGAGGUUACUGAGCCAGCAGAAUAACAUUUUAAACCUUCAACAACAGCAGCAGCAGCAGCAGCAGCAACAACAACAGCAGCAGCAGUUAAUGGCUCAGCAAAGCAACCUUUCAAAUAUGCAUCAGCCACAGUUGGGCCCUCAGAGUAAUGUUACUGGGUUACAGCAACAGCAGCACCUUGGAACUCAAAGUGGUAACUCAAGCAUGCAAACUAAUCAGCACUCUGUACACUUGUUGCAACAAUCCAAGGUUCAAGGACAGCAACAACAACAUCAGAGUUCAUCUAACUUGUUACCCCCUCAAGGACAGCAGUCACAACCUCAGGCAUCACAGCAACAAUUGUUGUCACAGAUUCAGUCGCAGCCUCCACAGAUGCAGCAAUUGGGUUUGCAACAGCAGUCAAAUCCGCUGCAACGAGAUAUGCAGCAAAGACUUCAAGCCUCAGGUCAGGUUCCUGGAACCAUGCUGCAACCACAAAACGUAAUGGAUCAGCAAAAGCAGUUAUAUCAAUCUCAAAGACCCCUUCCUGAGACAUCAUCGACAUCUCUAGAUUCCACUGCCCAGACUGGACAUGCAACUGGGGGUGAUUGGCAAGAGGAGGUCUUUCAAAAAAUCAAAGUCAUGAAGGAGAUGUACUUACCCGAACUAAGUGAAAUGUAUCAGAAAAUUGCUACUAAACUUCAGCAGCAUGAUUCUCUUCCACAACAACCAAAAUUAGAGCAGCUUGACAAACUGAAAAUGUUCAGGACCAUGUUAGAGCGCCUCAUAUCAGUCUUACAGAUUUCCAAAAGUAGCAUUUCACCUGGUUUGAAGGACAAGUUGCUUUUAUACGAAAAGCAGAUAGUAAAUUUUAUUAAUACAAAUAGACCUAGGAAGCCAGUUUCUUCUCUGCAGCAAGGGCAGCUCCCCCCACCCCAUAUGCACUCCAUGCAGCAGUCACAAUCUCAAAUUACUCAAGUGCAAUCUCAUGAAAAUCAAAUGAACCCACAGUUGCAAUCAAUGAACUUGCAAGGUUCUGUGGCAACAAUGCCGCAGAGCAAUAUGACAAGCUUGCAGCCAAGUUCUAUGUCGGCUUUAUCUGGUGUUUCAACAGCACAGCAGAACAUGAUGAAUUCAUUGCCACCUAGUUCCAGCAUGGAUUCAGGACAAGGGAAUGCACUGAACUCAUUGCAGCAGGUUCCUGUGGGAAGUAACCAACAAACUCCUGUAAGUGCUCCCCAACAAGCAAAUAUGAAUGCCUUGUCAUCACAGAGUGGGGUUAAUAUGCUACAGGCAAACAUGAAUUCCAUUCAGUCAAAUUCUGGUAUGCUUCAACACCAGCAUUUGAAACAACAGCAGGAACAUCAAAUGUUUCAGAAUCAACUCAAGCAACAAUUUCAACAUCGACAGAUGCAGCAGCUAUUGAUGCAGAAGCAGCAGCUGCAGCAGUUACAACUGCAAGCAGAGCAGCAGCUUCCAGCACAGUUGCAGGCGCACCAACAGCAAAUGCCACAGCUUCAUCAGAUGAAUGAUGUAAAUGACUUGAAGAUGAGACAGGGGAUGGGUGUAAAGCCAGGGGUUUUUCAGCAACAUCUCUCUUUAGAUAGUUGGUUUGUGAUGCAAACAGGCUUUUUAGUUGUAUGUUUGCUUUUGUGGUGCUACACUUUUUUUGGAUGACUUCUGGAGAAAUAUAUUUUGUUAUGCCUGCUCGAUGUAUGGGUCUAGAUUCCAUGAAAAUAAUCGAACUUUGGAAUGUUAUCUUCUCCGUAUGUGACUUCUUUUAUUACAAUAUACAUGGAUGCACAAUGGACUUAGUCAACAGAA